UACACGUUCGAAGCGUGUUCCAGGGCCGCGGGCCAGCCGGCCGAAUCGAGUUCGAGUUCUAUUACACAAGUCGGCGACAGCGCAUCCUGUAAAAUGCCCAGUGCGGUGUCCUGUUGUUCCUUCAGCUCCGGCGAACCGGACCGCGCCGAUGGUCACCGAUAUCCGUACGGUUCGGACAGUGCCAACGUGACAGAGAAGCACUAUGGGUGCUACAAGGCGGGCAUCUUCUUCGCGCUGGCCAUCAUCCUGCUGCUGCUCGUCGGUUGCGUUCCCGUCUUUCUGCUCGCCGCCAACAGCAACCUGAUGCUGCUGAUCCUGCUCGUAACGCUCGCCGUGAUCGGGCUGGCCACGUUCGUCUACUUCCGCUGGCAGCGGAACCGGGCGCUCGCGAUGCGCCGCACGUACGAGCAGCAAAAGUUCGCCCUGACGCGCGUCCAUCAACCCACCGCCGGUACGUUGGCGACCGUGCCGGCCGCACCAGUUGGCCCUGCCAGUCACGGCAACCCGGCAGAUACGACGGGCGAUGGGCUAAAGAACGGUUCCGUCCCGUUCGCGGCGUACGCACAGGGACCGACCCUGGGACAGUCGACACCAAUCAAGGGCGACCCGGCGACGAUGAGCGGUGGCCCUGGCGAGGAAUCGACACAGCGGACCACAACAACGACCCAACCGCGGUAUUCGUUUAUUUGAACGGAAUGUCCGGCCCUCAUACCGCGGCACCUACGCGUCACUUGUUUGUUAUUUUCGUUGCAUUGCUGCCGAUGUUUUGUGGACCGUUUUUAACCUAUUUUUAAGACCGU